ACGUUAGCAGCAAGGUACCGGCAUCCCAACGGUACCAUCCCAACACAGCCGACCGUUCCCGGGACUAUAUUAAGAUAGAAAUAAAGAGACACGGAGAUGGUACGUCCGUUGGUGAUCGUUUCGAUCGGUUUGUGGUGUUUGCUCGGUGCCGGCGAGCUCUUGGCCGAACGGCCACCGUUUAAGACCGAUGCAAUCCAUGCAGAGGAGGAAGAGCCUGUGCCCAGUGCAGAGCAGGCUAUAGUGCCGGCCCAGGAUGUAGACGAAAGCUAUCGACUACCGCAAACGUCGAUUCCGAUCCAUUACGCAGUUCACUUGACGACGAAUAUCCACCGGAACGAGCGAACCUUCACCGGUACAGUGGCCAUUAAGCUGCAGGUCGUCCAACCGACCGACAACCUAGUGUUGCACCAACUCGGUUUGCAGCUGUCGACGGCCAAGAUCUCCUCGCUGCCGGCCGGUAUCGAUGGUCCACCAACGCUGAUCGGAGAUGUGACCUUCGCGACCGACACACGUGUGGCACACCUCACCCUAACUAGUCCGAGCGUGCUGCUAGCUGGUUACUACCUUCUGGAGAUCGACUACAGUGGCCGCCUGUCGACGGAUGACGAUGGUUUCUACGUGUCGUCCUAUGUCGCUGAUAAUGGAGAGCGCAGAUACCUCGCGACGACCCAGUUCGAGUCGACUAGUGCACGCCGUGCAUUCCCGUGCUACGAUGAACCAGCGCUGAAGGCGACUUUCACCAUCACAAUCACGCACGGUUCUUUGUACGGUGCCAUCUCGAACAUGCCCGAAGACACCCGGAUUGUCAAUGGAGAGAUGGCCACAACGAAGUUCGAGACUACACCGUUGAUGUCAACCUACCUGAUCGCGUUCGUCGUGUCCGAUUUCCUGCGCCGAGGCGACAAUAAGCAUCGCGUGUUCGCACGACCGAACGCAUUCCAGGAGCUUCCGUUCGCCUUGGAAGCGAGCAGGCUGAUCCUGCAGGUGCUCGAUGAUCAUCUGGGCGUUCCGUACACGAAUUACAUGGAGAAGAUAGAUCAGGUGGCGUUACCUGACUUUGCUGCCGGUGCCAUGGAGAACUGGGGCCUCGUGACGUACAGAGAACAAUUACUAUUGUUUAAUCCGGAGGUAAACUCUUAUCGAACGAAAACCAACAUCGCGACGACCAUCUCGCACGAGUACGCCCAUCAAUGGUUCGGUGAUCUCGUGACACCCCAAUGGUGGGAGUACAUCUGGCUCAAUGAAGGAUUCGCCACCCUGUACGAGUACCUUGCGACCGAUCUGGCCUACCCGGGCAUGGAGUACUGGGAGCUGUUCAAUACCCAGGUCAUACAGGCGGCCAUGGUACCGGACGGUUUGGCGAGCACCCGCCCGAUGAACUACAAUGCGGCCACACCGGGCGAGAUCUCGGCACUGUUCGAUCGCGUCGCCUAUCCCAAGUCUGGCAGUGUGUUGAACAUGAUGCGCCACGUGCUCGGGGAUGAUAAUUGGCGGGCAGGCCUGCGGACCUAUCUGCUAGAUCGCGCACUGAAUAAAGCUACGGAUGAGGAUCUGUACAGGGGACUGCAGUCAGCCAUCGAGGGUAAGGGUGUGCUGCCGGACGGAGUAACCGUUGGGCAGAUCAUGCGGACCUGGACGAACGAAGCCGGUUACCCGGUGCUGAAUGUACGCCGAUCGUACGAUACCGGCGAGAUCAUCAUCUCGCAGGAGCGCUUCUACUCGGAUCGCAAGAUCCCGAACACGAACAUCUGGAUGAUCCCGUACAACUACGUCCACCAAGCGGUCGCCGACUUUAACGAGUUCGAUGACUUCAAGUGGUUGGCCACCAAGGCGGCCCGCUUCACGACCACGGUGCCGGCCCACGAGUGGAUUAUCUUCAACAAGCAAGAGGUCGGUUACUACCGCGUCAACUACGACGAUCACAACUGGGAGCUGAUCACGAACGCGCUGCACGAGUGCUUUGGGUGCAUACACCGCCUGAACCGCGCUCAGCUGAUCGACGAUGCGUACUGGUUGGCUCGCUCCGGACGUCUGGAUCUGCGCAUUGCCUUGCGCCUCAUGACCUAUCUGCACAACGAACGCGAAUACUCGCCGUGGGCCGCGGCUGACGUUGCCCUGUCGUACUUCAAUAGCCGUCUGCGUGGUACCGAAGCGUAUGAGCAUUUCACCACGUUCGUGCACUCAUUGACUGAGCCACUGUACAGUUUGCUCAACAUUGACGCCGUCGAUGCCCAGGACACGCUGUUGCACAAGUACCUUGUGCAGACGAUCUCUAGCUGGGCGUGCCGCCUCGAUCAUCCGGAUUGUCUAGCUCGUACUAAGACGCUGCUGACGUCCGAAGCGAGCGAUCGGGCUAUGGUUCACGCAGAUUUGUCUACCGUCACGUACUGCUACGGAAUGCGUACGGCCAGUGAGCAGGAGUACCAGUACGUGUACCGCAAAAUGAUGGACUCGAAGAAUUUGGUUGAGCGCACGAUGCUGAUCGAUGCGCUGGGCUGCUCCUGGAAUAAGGAGUAUCUGCACUCGUUCAUCAUGACGGCCCUUGGUAACACCGAGAUUAACUACCGUGCGGACGAGCGUCGCCGUGUCAUCCAGGCCGUCUACUCUGGCAGUCGCGCUGGCGUGGAUACAUUGAUCGAGUUCCUUAGCAACGCGCAACUGACCAGUGAGUUCGUCAGCACUCUCGGACAGUCGACGCUUAGCUCGACCCUCUCUGCUAUUGCUAGUCGUACCAACAAUGCAGCUGAAAUGGCACAGCUGAACGCACUCAUCACGACCCUAGGUGACCGUGUCAACCCGACGACUGCCACCAACCUGCGCAACUCGGCCCAAGCGAACCUGGAUUGGGUGAACGGAUUCGAAGGAUUGAUGCUGACGGACUUCCUGGCCGAGUACGUCAAGGAUCUACAGACGACGACGACGACUGCACAGCCCACAACUACCACAGUCACGGUCACAACUAGUAGCACAACGCAAGCUACUAACCCACCAAUCACUACAAGCCCUGCUCCUCCGAUGACGACGACGGGGACGGCCCCCAUUACCACCACGCAGGCACAACAAACGACCACCGAGGACGAUGAUGGUGGUGCGGCCACCGUUACUGUCUCGCUAGCAGCCCUUCUACUCGCCAUUGCCACACAUCUGCUCGGUUAGAAGUAGAAUGGUGUGACUCAGCGUGUGAGCGAAAAAAGAGCCCAGGGAUGGCUCAUGGGCGUGCGAACUACUAGCGACGCAAUUUGGAAAUGCCAUUAAGUCCAAAAUCCGUGGUUAUUAGUAUUAUUCUUGUUCACCAUCUGGCGUCGAAUGGUUUCGAUUGAAUAAAAUGAACUAGAAGAACCGAUUUCCGGGUCCA